AUGCUACUCACCUUUCUCGCCUCUAACUCCUUCGGGUCCGAUGAAGCGAAUGUCACUAAGUUCAUGGUUCGCCUAAUUGAAGCAACAAAGGCUGAACACAUAAUCGGCAAGAUCCUAUGCGUCCCAGGUCCAUCAACGGAAGCAUUGGGGGAGAAGCUAUUUCAAGAAGCCAUUUCUCUCCGAAACCUUCAGCUGCUGCGUGUGCUCUUGGACUCUGGACUCGAUCUCAAUUCACAAAUGUGCCGAUGCCUUUAUGGUGGAAUCACCACUCCUUUGUGCCGCGCAAUAAAAAAGGGCAAUUUCGAGGUAGUGGAGCUCCUGCUCGAACAUGGAGCGGAUCCAAAUGGUCAUCACAAGAUCCUGGACCAACAAGACCUAGACUGGCCUUUGAUAGUCGCUAUUAGGAAAGAUGAUUAUGACCUAGUGGAACUUCUCAUAAAGAGUGGAGUAUCUCUCGAAUCAGAGUACGAAAAAAAGUAUCAGACAUCGGCCCUUCUCGAGGCGGCAGCCUCUCUUAAUCCGAAAAUUGUGCGGCUGUUGCUUGAAAAUAAGGCAGAAGUCGAUUUCGUGACUCAAGAAGGGGAAAAUUGCCUCAUCAAGGCAUUGCCGGCUCGAUGGGGAAUUUGGGACUUGGACAAGUGCUCUAGGAGGGAGAACAUCUCAGAUAUUGUCCAGCAGCUCGUUAAAGCUGGAGCUGCGCUUGACUGCAGGUUCCUUUCACCCUUUGAAGAUCCCGAGCCAAAGACGGUUUUGGAAAGGGCAGCGGAUCUUGGCCAUGAAAAGGUCUUCCAAUACCUUCUUGAUCGAGGAGCGGGGAUUACAAGUCAUUGUGUUUAUUAUGCCGCGCGUGGUGGCAAUGAAGACCUGGUCCGUUUUCUGCUCGAUCAAGAACUGGAUCCUAGCUCAAGCUUGGAUAACCUCGAAUAUCCUCUUCUUGCUGCCAUACGAGAAGGUCACUACAGCAUUGCGAGGAUGUUGAUUGAGCACGGAGUGGAAGUCAAGCCCGUCAUAACGGGUCGUGGCUUCCGGCUCUAUACGCCUCUACAAGCGGCAUGUGUGUAUGGAGACUUAGAGCUUGUGCCUAUCCUACUAGAUCGUGGCGCAGAUGUGAAUGCGCAAGCAUCCCUUAAUGCGGACGACGAUUACGACGAUCAAACUGCCCUUUCUGCGGCAAUCGAUAACAGAUAUGAAGAUAUUGUCUGCAUGCUCUUGGAUGCGGGCGCGGACGCCAACGCGUGGCCACCUUUUCAUGCGUGUGACGUUGACCUCGAAGCUAGCGAACACGGAACAUUGACGGCACUUCAGGCUGCCAUAAGUCUGAACGAUGCAGAAACAGUCAGCAAGCUUCUGAUAGCUGGUGCAAACGUCAACGUUGUUCUCAGAGAGCACCAUGAAUGCGAAACACCACUCACUCAGGCGAUAGAGGGCAACAACUAUGAGCUCAUACAUCGUCUUAUUGAUGGUGGCGCCGAUAUCAAUAAUCCAUCAGCCCGCUUGUACGGUCGAACAGCGCUGGAAGCCGCGGCCAAAGCUGGUAAUUCAUUUCAUUUCCGACGCCUUCUGAGCAUGGGAGCCGACCCCUUUGAUCCUCAAGCACUUCUUGUGGCGGUUGAAAAAUCGCUUGAUAUCGAGAUCGUCAAGGCUCUUCUGGAAAAGCACAAGCUAGUGUAUGGUCAAUUCAGAAAAGGCUUCGGAGGAACCGCGCUGCAAAUGGCAGUUAAGAUGAAGAAAAUGUCUAUCCUUGAGACUUUGCUGGAUGCUGGCAUUCCCGCCGAUAGCGUCUCUCAAAAGAGCUACAAGCAACCUUUUCACGAUAGUUCGCCGCAUUCUCUCGUGCAAGGGGAGACGGCCUUUGGAACCGCCAUUCGACUCUGGGAAGAUGAAGACAUGUCUCAGUUCGUUAUGAAGCUUCUCAGCUGCGGUGCAAAUCCGAGUGGACCAGUGGUAGUGACAAUUCCGGUGAAGACUGCUCUAGUUGCAACCAUAGAAUAUGGGAAGGCAAACCUCCUACAAAUGCUGUUGGAAGCUGGAGCCAAUGUCGCUGCCUCCGCGACAGGCAAGUUGGGACGGACUGCUCUGCAAGCAGCUGCGGCGAGUGGUCGGUUGUCAAUGGUGAAGAUCCUCAUUGAACACGGUGCGCAGGUAAAUGAUGAGCCCGCCGAAGAUGGGGGUGUGACAGCGUUGCAAGCUGCUUCGAUCGGAGGCUACACUGCAAUUGUCUCACUCUUGCUGUCUAAGGGUGCAAAUAUUAACGCACCAUGUGCUCAGCGGAAUGGACGGACGGCACUUGAAGGGGCAGCGGAACAUGGCCGAAUAGAUAUGAUUCAGCUCCUGCUAGACGCCGGCGCAGCAGUCCACGAUGAAGGCGAACGGCAAUACAAAAACUCAGUGCAGUUUGCGAAAAAAGGGGGCCAUUUGACAGCCCUGAGGCUGCUCCAGCGUCAUCACGCGGCCUCGAUGGUCACAUCCAGACAAGCGCCUGAACAACAACUUCUCGGCAUGGAUUGGCAGAGCAGUUCGGAACUUGGUGCAGGCCAGACCCUCUCCCAUGAUAUUGCGCCGAAUUUCUCAUUUGAUGACUAUAUCAGCCCUCUCUCAUUCACACAACCUGAUGGUGCGGCCGAGCCUUCCACGGCUUGCUGGGAUGUAAGUUUUCCACUACCUUCCGUUGGAGAGAACAAUCCUGUCCCAGCGCCAGUCCUUUCAACUCCGAGUUUCGACAUUGCUGCCGAUUUUGACUAUCCCUCCAUGGACAUCGAAGAUAUCUUCCAUACAUUCGAUUGGGAUCAGCCGCCCGAGCAAUGCCUUGGAACAUCGUUUUGA